GUACCAACAACACAGGUGGCAGAAUACAAGUUUAAGUACCGAUUAAGUAAAAAAAAAAUUUAGAAACCAAUUAGAGAGUUUUAAACAAAUUUCGGGGAAAAAUUACAUAUUAACAGUUAAAAAGAAAAGGAAAAACAAAAAAUAUUCCAUAAUUCAAUCCAUGCGAAAGAAAGAACCUGGAAAAUUUUGAAGUUUGACAUUUGAAAGAGAAAUAAGGGGCCGCCAGCAGCCAUGCGUUGUAGUCGCCCGUAAUCCUUAUAUAUAUGCCAAAUAUCAAACACUCCCUUUAACUUCAUACCAGAAACAAAUCCCUAAAUAUAAUUAUUAUUCAUUCGUUUUUUAUUCUUUGAUUUCGAGCUCCGAGAGAUAUUGUUUUGGGUAAUGGAGGGGGGUGAUAUUUAUAAAGCGAGUACUAGUUUAAGGAGAAGUAUACGGUCUGGUAGUUCUUCGAUAUGGAGAAACAAUGGCAUCGAAGUUUUCUCAAGAUCUUCUCGAGAUGAAGAUGAUGAAGAAGCUUUAAAGUGGGCUGCACUUGAGAAACUACCCACUGUUGCUCGUUUAAGGAAAGGUAUAUUGGCAAGCUCUCAAGGUGGUGCCAAUGAAAUCGAUGUUUUCGAUAUUGGAUGGCAAGAGAGGAAGGCUUUGCUUGAGAGGUUGGUCAAAGUUGCUGAGGAAGAUAAUGAGAAGUUCUUACUCAAGCUCAAGAAUCGUAUCCAAAGGGUUGGCAUCGAAGUUCCCACUAUUGAAGUCAGAUUCCAACAUCUAAAUAUUGAUGCUCAAGCUUACGUAGGAAGCAAUGCUUUGCCUACAGUUAUUAAUUUCGUCACUAACAUAUUUGAGAGCUUAUUGGUUGAGAUGGGAAUUCUUUCUAGUAGAAAGAAAAAGCUGACAAUCCUCAAAGACGUCAGUGGAAUCAUUAAACCUGGCAGGAUGACAUUGCUUUUGGGUCCUCCAAGUUCUGGGAAAACCACUCUCUUGUUGGCUUUAGCCGGAAAGCUUGAUAGUGCUCUCAAGUGUUCUGGGACAGUAACAUACAAUGGGCAUGAGAUGAAUGAAUUUGUGCCCCAAAGAACAGCUGCCUAUAUCAGUCAAUAUGAUCUUCAUAUAGGAGAAAUGACAGUGAGGGAAACUUUGGCCUUUUCUGCAAGAUGCCAAGGGGUUGGAGAUCGUUAUGAUAUGUUGGCAGAAUUGUCAAGAAGAGAGAAACAAGCAAAUAUUAAACCUGAUCCCGAUAUUGAUGUCUUCAUGAAGGCAGCAGCAACUGAAGGUCAGGAAGUAAAUGUUAUCACAGAUUACAUUCUAAAGGUUUUAGGACUGGAAGUAUGUGCAGACACUAUGGUAGGAGAUGAAAUGUUAAGGGGUAUAUCUGGUGGACAAAAGAAGCGUGUCACAACAGGUGAAAUGCUGGUUGGACCAGCAAAGGCACUCUUUAUGGAUGAGAUAUCUACUGGUCUGGACAGCUCUACAACUUUCCAGAUUGUAAACUCCCUCAAGCAAACUGUUCAUAUCCUUAAUGGAACUGCAGUCAUUUCUCUUCUUCAACCAGCUCCAGAGACUUAUGACCUUUUCGAUGACAUUAUUCUCCUUUCCGAUGGUCGGAUAGUAUAUCAGGGUCCUCGUGAACACGUUCUGAGUUUUUUCGAAUCUAUGGGCUUCAGAUGUCCUGAAAGAAAAGGCGUUGCGGACUUCCUGCAAGAAGUUACGUCAAGGAAAGAUCAAAUGCAAUAUUGGGCACGUAGAGAUCAACCUUACAGGUUUGUCACGGCCGAUGAGUUUGCUGAGGCAUUCCAAUCUUUCCAUGUUGGAUUGCAACUUGAAGAUGAACUUCGAACUCCAUUUGAGAAAGCAAAGAGUCACCCCGCUGCUUUGACAACCAAAAAAUAUGGUGUUGGAAAGUGGGAGUUGCUGAAAGCUAACAUCUUAAGGGAGUUUCUGUUGAUGAAGAGAAAUUCUUUUGUCUAUAUCUUCAUAUUUAUGCAGCUUUCAUUUAUGGCAAUAGUUUCUAUGACUCUCUUUUUGAGGACUGAGAUGAACCGAGAUUCAACUGUUGACGGAGGAAUCUAUAUGGGGGCAAUUUUUUUUGGCUUGAUUAUGGUCAUGUUUAAUGGAAUGCCUGAGAUUUCUAUGACCAUUGCUAAGCUUCCUGUCUUUUUCAAGCAAAGAGACCUCUUAUUCUUUCCUGCAUGGACAUAUGCUUUACCAAGAUGGAUACUCAAGAUUCCAAUCACAUUUGUAGAAGUUGCUAUAUGGGUAUUUCUUACCUAUUAUGUCAUCGGAUUUGAUCCGAAUGUUGAAAGGCUAUUUAGGCAAUACUUCAUACUCCUUCUCGUUAACCAGAUGUCUUCGGGGUUGUUUCGCUUCAUCGCAGCAUCUGCUAGAAACAUGAUUGUUGCUAAUACUUUUGGCUCAUUUGCUUUGCUCAUACUUUUUGCAUUGAGUGGCUUUAUCUUGGCACGAGAUGACAUAAAGAGUUGGUGGAUAUGGGGUUACUGGAUUUCUCCUCUGAUGUAUGGACAAUCCGCAUUGAUGGUUAAUGAGUUCCGUGGGAACCAGUGGAGUCAUUCUCUUCCGGGUUCAACAGAACCAGCAGGAAUCGAAGUUUUGAAGUCCAGGGAUUUCUUCCAUGAACCAAAAUGGUAUUGGAUAGGAGCAGGAGGAUUGGCUGGUUUCGUAAUAUUGUUGAACUUUUUUUUCACUGUGGCUCUUACCUAUCUAAAACCAUUUGGGAGUUCAAGGGCCGUAAUAUCAGAACAAACGGAAAGCAAUGAACAAACCAAUGGAAUUGGUGGAAGCAUUCAGUUAACAAACAAUGAAAGCAGCUCAAAUCGUGUAACUAACUUAGAGAUUCAAGAGGAGGUUCAAAGAAGCAUCUCAUCGAAGUCCUCGUCUGUGACAGAGGCAACUGUCGGGGCCAUUGCUAUCAAGAAAAAGGGAAUGGUUCUUCCAUUUGAGCCACAUUGCCUCACAUUUGAUAACGUUGUUUAUUCUGUUGAUAUGCCACAGGAAAUGAAACAACAAGGUAUUACUGAAGAUAGAUUGGUGCUACUGAAGGGUGUUAGUGGGGCUUUUAGACCAGGCGUUCUUACAGCUUUAAUGGGUGUUAGUGGUGCGGGUAAAACUACUCUUAUGGAUGUGCUUGCUGGUAGAAAAACAGGUGGUUAUAUAGAUGGGAACAUCACAGUUUCUGGUUUCCAGAAGAAACAAGAAACAUUUGCUCGAAUAUCUGGAUACUGUGAACAAAAUGAUAUUCACUCUCCUCAUGUCACCGUGUAUGAGUCUUUGCUGUAUUCUGCUUGGCUUCGAUUAUCUGCUGACGUUAAAGCUGAAACCAGAAAGAUGUUCAUCGAGGAAGUCAUGGAACUCGUGGAAUUGAAUCCGUUAAGGCAAGCACUGGUUGGUUUACCUGGUGUAAAUGGUUUAUCAACUGAGCAACGAAAAAGGCUUACGAUUGCAGUAGAGCUUGUAGCAAACCCUUCGAUCAUUUUCAUGGAUGAGCCAACUUCAGGGCUUGAUGCGAGAGCUGCAGCAAUUGUUAUGAGAACAGUUAGGAACACAGUAGACACUGGAAGAACAGUUGUGUGUACUAUCCAUCAGCCAAGUAUUGACAUAUUUGAAGCAUUUGAUGAGUUAUUCCUUAUGAAGCGAGGAGGAGAGGAAAUAUAUGUCGGGCCAUUAGGACACCAUUCUAAACAUCUUAUUGAGUAUUUUGAGGGAAUUCAAGGAGUUAGCAAAAUUAAAGAAGGAUACAAUCCAGCGACUUGGAUGUUAGAAGUUACCACAACAGCACAAGAAUUAGCUUUAGGUGUUGAUUUCGCCGAUAUCUACAAAAACUCAGAUCUACACAGGAGAAACAAAGCUCUUAUUGAAGAUUUAAGCAAGCCUGCUGCUGGAUCAAAGGAACUCUAUUUUCCAACUCAGUACUCUCAGUCAUUCUUGAUUCAGUGUGCAGCAUGCUUAUGGAAGCAACACUGGUCAUAUUGGCGCAACCCGCCAUAUACCGCUGUUCGAUUUCUUUUUACAACUGUAAUAGCAUUGGUGUUUGGGACAAUGUUCUGGGACCUUGGCUCGAAAAUGAAUAAAGGACAAGAUCUGACCAAUGCUAUGGGUUCAAUGUAUGCUGCUGUUCUUUUCCUUGGUAUCCAAAAUGCUUCAUCUGUGCAGCCUGUUGUUGCUGUUGAAAGAACGGUCUUUUAUCGAGAAAGAGCUGCUGGAAUGUAUUCUGCCAUGCCAUAUGCCAUUUCGCAGGUUAUUAUUGAGAUGCCUUACAUUUUUAUUCAAGCUGCUUCGUAUGGCAUCUUAGUAUAUGCAAUGAUUGGAUUCGAAUGGACUGCUGCAAAGUUCUUUUGGUAUCUCUUCUUCAUGUACUUUACCUUAUUAUACUUCACCUUCUAUGGCAUGAUGGCUGUUGCUGUUACGCCAAACUACCACAUUGCAUCGAUUGUUUCUGCUGCAUUCUACGGACUAUGGAACCUCUUUUCAGGGUUCAUCAUCCCACGACCGAGCAUGCCUGUAUGGUGGCGAUGGUACUAUUGGGUUUGUCCAGUAGCAUGGACCUUGUACGGAUUGUUUGUUUCACAAUUUGGAGACGUGGAAACACCCCUAGAAGAUGGAGACUUCAUUGGUCAAACAGUGGAACAAUAUUUGAGAAGUCGAUAUGGUUUCAGACAUGAAUUCCUGGGAGUUGUCGUUGCCGUAAUUCUUGGUUUCACUGUUUUGUUUGCAUCCAUCUUUACUGUGUCCAUUAAGGUCUUUAAUUUCCAAAGACGUUAGAAUUUAUGGUUUCCAUCUCUGUAAUGUUUAAGGUCAUGCUUUUAUUCAUAUAUUAAAUCUAUGCCAUUUUAAUUUUAACAUACAAAUUCUUUCAUUGUAUCUGAAGAUUUUGUUGUAAUACAAUAUAUUAAAUAAAUAUAAGUGUUUUUCAUUGCAGUCCAUGAAAAA